AAGAUGGCGGUCGCGGAAGGCGAUAGUGUGCACACGGUGAAGACGAAAAGAUUAAAAAGUGAAAUAAAUAUCCAGGAAAUAAAGCGCGUCAAGUGUUCACCUGAUAACUCGUAUCUUCUCCUUGCCAGGGAAGAUUCAACGCUGCACGUUCUGCACGUAAAUACUGGAGAAAUCAAUUUUGUUUGUGGAGAAGUGAAAGAGUUUAUGUGGAGCAAGCCAAAAGACCCUUCAACCCUAAACAGAAGUCCAACGUUUGCUGUUCUGCAUCACGAUGGAUCAGUCGAGGUUUUUGAUGUGACGAAGAAAAGCGUGAUUAGGAAACCAACAGAGGAGGAAUCUUUGACACAUGUUGGAUUGUUAACCAUUGCAAACAUGAAGGAUUUAUUGAAAGGAGAAGAUCUUAGCCUGAAAUUGUUUAGACUGAUAGAAUCUCGGCAAGUGUCUCUUGAGGAUGAUGAGCAUGCGGACCGUGUGACGUUGUUAUUUGGAGGUUAUAUUGUACUGGUGUUGUCAUUUGGUUUGGUUGCUUCAGCUGAUGUUGUGAAUUGGUGUGAAAUCAUUAAGAAUGUAUCCGGUGUUCCUUUUCUGUUGCCGCAACAGGCAAUUGCUGAUGUAAGCGUUGCCAGGGACAUGUUGUUUAUCCUGUACCAACAUGGCUUGAUCAUUGUUUAUGACAUGACAAACUGGAUAUUUCUUGGCUGGAUUGAUGUGUUUCAAUCAGGUGAACAGAAUUUUAAAGAUGAUAUCGGGCAGUCUUCUCCUAAACGACCAACUGCAAAAAUAUUGGACGUUAAUGUGAAUGGAUCAACCAUCAUUGUCUGUGACGGUCGAAACUUUGUGACCAAGAUUGAUGUAGUGAAAUAUUUUGAGUGUUUUCCAACAAAUCUGGAGGCGAAGGAUAGUUUGACCAAGGCUAAGGGUUUUGGAAGGAAUAUGGAAAGAGAGAAAUCUAGGAAUAUGGAGUCAGAAUACAGUCUGUGUGGUGAUUCAGUUUGGAAAAGUGAGGUUCUGGCAAUUACCAGUAAACUUGAUGCAGAUUCGGAAAAAAACACUGACAAAAGAAGCCCCCGACAUUUACAAGACGGUGAUGAUCUUGUUGUGAACACAGCUUGGUCAGUCACUAUCUCCUCACCUCCCUGGAUGAAAGAAUUCAAAGUGCUUGAUUUGUAUUCAUCAUUUGACUCCUUCCUGCUUUGCCUUGAGUCAAACAACACAACAGAGUCUUGUGACAAUCAUGGUGUUUUGUGUUGCUGGGCUGCCUGGAAGAAAGAAUAUCUGCUCAAUGUAUUUUUAGAAAGGACACUGGUCGCAUCUGGUGGACAAACUACAAAACCGUUAUACCUGUUGACAAACAAAGCAAUCGGGGUACCUGUGUUUGAUACCACGCAAAACCAACUGGUCAACAAGCUUAUCACCUACGAGAAUGUCGCGAUGGCAGAGAAGUUGUGCUAUCUCAAUGACUGGGACCACUUCGCCGUUCCUAUCAGCGCCCUUGAAGCCGCUCUUAAACACGGCCAACUAGACACGGUCGCUUUCUACCUCAGAACCAAAGGCAAAGCGUUUACAACAACAGCAAACGAUAUGGAAAACGCAAAUCCAGUCAGAGCUCUAUCACCUCUCUCCUCCAGUGGAUCCUUCAUCUCGAAACAACUUCACAUGAAACAAAGUCAUUCUGAAGAACUCGCAGAGCAAAUCAAGGCUGUGGUCAAUUUAUUAAUUGUCACCAUCACCGCAAGUUCUAAACGUAAACACAGUGUUCAGUUCACGAGUCAGCUUUUACAGAUGAGUUUCGAUUAUGUCAACGGUUUAAUACAGGAUGCUGUCUGUUAUAUUGAUCGUGAGAUGGGCAGUAAAUCUGACAGAGAACAAAUACAAGAUAUUCUCAUCUACCUUACGGCGAAAACCAUGGACCUGAGGUCGUUACAAUACGGAAUACCAGCAUUUCAGAGCGAUGGCAAAGAGCGAUGUGAAAAAGACGGAGAAAAAUCGAGCUCAGAAAUGCGGGACAUUGUUUUCGAAAAUUGGUCGGGUAUGGACGAUAAGGAUGUAAUCCGCGAUGCCAUUCUCAGCUGUCGUGUACCGCUGGCUCAAGUAUAUUUCUUGAACGAAUCCCAGUUCAACACGGCUCACGACGGAUCUCUACGAUAUAUUAUGGAAACUGGACUAAGAAUCGUGUUGGAGGUCUUAGCAAAGAAGGACAUGGCGACCGCAUCGGAAAUGAUACGGAACAUGGGAGAUGAUGUUGUUCAACUGGUCAGAAAGAUUUGUCUGAAAACAUUUGAUCGUCCUUUAAGAAACUACUUGAUCGAGCAGCUAAAAAGUUGGGGAGAAUUGAGUGAGGAAGAGAUUGGUUCAGUGGAGUUCAUCAAAUCACUUGAAAGCGUUUACGACAGUCAAUCCUUUGAAAGUUGUCAAAUACGAAGAUCUCAAGAGAAGCAAUCCAAAUCUUUUGACAAUCUCGGUCUUCAUCUACGAUCCUUGGAGCCAGGCUCAUCGCACAAGAAAAAUCCUCUCGUCAAAACAGGCAGCAUUGCACCGCAAUAUCAAGCAGCUAUGAUUUCCCGAGUGUCGGGGGGAUACGCUGAAGUUUUACUCGACUGGGUUAUCGCUUGGGACACCGUUACCAGAGAACGAAUCCUUCUGGAAAUGCUUUGUCACGAUGAAAAAGCUUUUCACGACAUGCGUUCUCUGGUGUCAGAGAGGUCGCUGUGGCAGUAUUUGAAAGCUCACUGCGAAACAACUCGAAUCGCUGAAUGGAUUGCAGUGACAGCCCAGGGGAAUGGCUCGUCGGAUCUUCCUCCGCUGACCACGGAAACCAGCAAUGAUCUUACGGAGUGUACGACUUUCGUUAAGGAACUGAUCUUAGAUGAACUCACAAGAAAUGGAUUAUUUUCAAGCACUUUGCUUCAAGAUUUCCCGCUGUUAUUGCGUCAUCUGUGUCGCGCAGACACGCUGUUCAGCAAGGUUCACCCGUUGCAUGACGUCACGAGGACGUGUGGUCCGAGCCAAGGUCAGGAACCUGGGUCCGAGGCGGUGUGCUCGCCCCAGGCAUUCCACAAGAAGAUGGUCAAAUAUUGUUCCGACAAUGACUUCACGAACUUGCUGUAUUGCUAUUUAGACUUCUACAGACUAUGUCAGACCUCAGAGGAAUGCGAUGAGCUCACUUCCGAGGAUAUCCAUCAAGACGUUGAUAUGUUGUUAAAGUUUCGUCUAGUUGGCAUUUUUCCUUCGGACUCCUCCGUGAUCAGUUCAAUGUGUUUCUCGAACAGCAAAGCAAUCUUUCGUUCGGAUUCAUCGUCUUUAAUGGAGAUGCUGAAGAACAAACGUCCGAUCAUGGCCAUCGCGACUUGUCUGUACGCCCCAGUUGAUCUCUCCAAGAUUUUGAAUCCCAGCGCUCGGCAUGAACUUGAUGAUAUUUGGCAGUUGGAUGAGAAAAUUCUGAAGUCUUCUCUCAGUGGUUAUCCAAGGUUGUCAUCUGCCCUGUUUCCACGAGCUGCAAGUCAUAAUCUCAGAGAUAACCCUGAUAUUACACUUUACGAACUGCUCCAGGGAAAUUGUUCAUUUGAGGUUUCUGGAUUGUUCACAUGGCAGACGACAAACAAUUUAGCGGCUAAAGGAGGUGCUGCGACAGAUAUGCCUCAUUUCUCGCACAAACCACUUGUAGAAAAGUUUGGACACAAAGAAGUACUUACGUAUGUCUACUUUCUCAAACAUGGUCGUCCAUCAUUCGCGUAUGCCAGCUUCAUGUCAAAAUAUCAAUACAGAAAAUACAUUCCACGAACAAGUGUGUUGAGAGCAACUAAAAAAGCCUAUCAACUGGCCAUAUCACAUUUUGACAACAAUCGCAUCGUAUACAGCUGUGUCGCGUUCCUAGAACUCCUCUCUGUCGAUACGACGUUUCUCAGAAUUGACGUGGCGGCCGCAAAACGCUGCUUACAUCCGGGAAACAAAGAGGAGCUCCAGUGCACGACAAUCGAGGAAUUGAAGAAUGCUAUAGUCACAAAGUUAUUGAAAUCUGCUGUUGACAUGCAGGAGAAACCUAAAGUGCUUGUUAGGAUAUUAGAAUCAUCCACCAAGAGUAUUAUUAGUAAAGAAGGUCUUGACCGAACAUCAAGAGAGGCAAGUGAAUACUGGUCGUUACCAAUCCUGUUCUGUCGUUCACACAACAUGACUCUAACUCCUGUCUUUCUUAUCGACUGUGCAAAAGCUGAUAAAUGGUUGACAUUCCUGUGCCAUGCCCAGGCGGUACAGUUUCCUAAGAAUCAGGUUCUGAGCAUUGUACAACAUCAUUUUGAAAGUAACACUGUGAAGGAACAUCUUCAUCAAGCCUUGGUAAACAUUGUCACGGUUAAUAUAAAGGACGGUGGAGCACCAAAGCGGAAAGCCAAGACUCCAACAACCAGAAGGAACGUUCGUUCCCAGUAUUUGUCGCGUGUUAUGGGCGCCUCGCCCGUCGGAAAGUCUGAGAUAUCUGCGAAGUCUCCGGAGAAAUUCGAAACACCAACGACCGUUGCCGAAGCCGAAGAGGCAACGACGGAACUUGAUUUUGGAAUGGAGAACGAUUUAAAAUUGGAUGAAGAAGAUGUCUCGGAGGAUGAACAUGACUUGGAGAUGAAAAAUGAAGUGAAAGAAGUGAAAGUUACAGAUCUGAAUCCAGAAACGUCACCAGAUAAUCUAUUCGAUGUUUUGUCUUUGUGUAAUGACGUCAAUGAACCAUGGCGAGCCAUUCUUGCUCAUUCCAUCAUUUUGAGAAGACCACUCUUUGCUGUCCUUUCCGCGUGUGAUAUAAAUAAAGAGGUAAAGUUGGUAGACUGUAUGUGCGCAUGGCUUUGUUCCGUUCACAAUAAAGAAACUCUCCAUCCAGUAUUGGACGACAUAACAGAUAUUCAAUGGCACAAAUGGACCUUGGACAAUCUUCUCGCUCUGAUCUUAACCAUUUCAAAAUACGGCUUGGAAUACGUUCACAGUUUGACAAGAGUCUUUUAUCUGUUUGACCCCGACAAUAUGUUGCUUCCGUUCAUGCGAUUCUGCGAGGCUUUUUUAAUUCACAUGGACUUUGUUGCCGCUGGUACUCAGCUGUCUGACUUUGUUGUACAACAUAAAUCAGUCUCUGUGAAUGACAGUCUUCAACGUCAGAUGGUUAUUGGUGAUUUAUCGUGGUGCGAACGAGUGUCGAAUGGUGUUGUGCAGAACAUGCUGAGAUCUUGUGAAACUAUGUUUAUGCAAGUACAACUAUUGAGAUUGUUGUGUCAUAGUAAAUUUGGAAUUGGAUUUACUAUCAUGGUUCCAGACUUCAAGAAACUCUACAUGAUCAGUCAAAUACUGGACGAAGGCUUGGUCUUUGCUCAGUGUUUAGAUCUGACAUCAGACGAGGCGGAGAGGUCGAGGGUUAUGGAGGAGUUGAUUCAACGGAAACAAUUUUCUUCGGCGCGGCAGUAUGGAACCCUCCUGGGAAUAUCUUGUGACAAAGUCAGCGUAAUGCAGAUUAUUAAUAAAAAGGAAAAUAUCCAAGAUUCUCGACUCUGGGCAAAUGAAGGCGAUCGCAUUGAAUUCUGGCAGAGUUGUGAUCGAUACUUUGAGGAGCAAGGGUGUACUACUGCUGGCCAAUUCUUUGAGGACGAGGCUGGCGCGAAGACUGUGUCCAACCGUGAGAAAGCCACGCUGCUCUGUCUGGCGUUGAGAUGGUUUUCUGGGAAACGCUUGCAAGGCAAAGCUGCGACCAAGUCCCCAGAUGAUCUGGCAAAUUUGGAGAGCGAGAUGUGGCUGUGUGUUAUCAACGAUAGAAUAUAUUCCACCGAUGAGGCGAAGCUGAAGUCCUCCAUUAAAAAGUUCACUUGUUGUGAAAGUAAUUCUGACUUGGUUCAGCAACGUAUUGUGGCGGUAGAUCAAGGUUUUGCUCCUCUUAUCAAAGAUGAAAAGAUGCGUAUGGUGUUGAAAGAUAUUCUUGGCGAACUACUGGACGAUGGUCAGAUCACACAAGCACGCAGAAUAGCUCAACUUUUUGGUGUUUCGACUACAGAUCUAGAUAUCGUACUGACCUGCAUAUUUCUCGCACAAGAAAUCCUCAAUCCUGAUUCAUUGGACGCAGAGAUGAAAGCUUUGUUUGUCCACCAGGACAAGCCAACUCUCUCAAAUAGCUUGAGGUCAAGCGGGGAUGAUUUUCUGGGCAGUUUCAGCCAGAGUAUACAGUCGAGUCAAUCAGAUUCGAGUGCGUCUCAAGAGGGAAUCGCCUCCUGGACUGUCAUCAGUGAUAAUCUUGCUGCCAUGAAGAGUCUAGCCAGGUCUUGCAAGUUUGGAAAGAUUUGUUGCGCGAGAGUUAUUGUUGCUUAUAAAAUUUGCCAAACAUUGGUGCUUGCUUUUGAUAAAGUGGUUUGCUCCGAUCCUGUUGAAAUACUAUGUAAAUUGCUCGAAUCUGCUGUGGACCAUCGCUUUCAGCUUGCCUCUCAAUAUAUAAAAAAAUUCAACUUGGAUUCUACGAUGAUCGCAAGGUUUGUCGCCAAAUCGAUUACAAUGUCACUGAAUGUAUAUACAGGUUCAGAUACUAAAGGAGAGAAGGUUUUCAUUUUCAAUCCUACUUCAAAAGAUGACAUGAACGGUGUUACUGGUCUAGCUGAAGACAAACUCGUUCUUGGUGGAUUUUUGUUUGACGAAGCUGUGCUUUUUGCUAAGAACCGUAAACAUCACAAAGCGACCUCAUCUGCUCUAGCAAUGGAGGUGGAACUGUUGAUAAACGCACACAAUUGUCAAACCAUGGCUUGCAACACUGAGGGAAUAUCGUCCAUCCUAAAGUUGGCUCAGUUAUGUACACAUGCUCUUGCUGAAGGCCACGAAUACCAACUAAUGGUUCGUCUUCUCACAGGAAUUGGGAGAUUCUCUGAGAUGACGUAUAUUUUCCAGACGUUAAUGGAUCAUCAUCAUUUUGAAUUGUUGAUCAAGAAAGGUGUUGAUAAUGAGAGCAAACUAAAGAUUGCCUUGCUCAAGUACUUGGAUAAACAUUACUUUGACGACACAGAAAAACAUCGCUUAGUUGCGAUUCGUUUCAACAUGUAUCGUGAAGUGGCAGUCAGCUUGAAAUCCUCAGCUGAUUCUCAAGUAAACAAGCUUGUUAGAAAAGGUUUAGGGCCAAAUAACGAAGUUCGUACUCAACUUGUUGCCAUCGCUCAGACGUACACUUAUGCUAUGGAAAAUUUCAAAGAGGAAGGAUGUUUACUUCAAGCUCUGGAAUGCGCUAAGAAACACCGUCUAGUUGAGCUGCAGAAACAUCUUCUUCCAACGGGAAUGGUCAUUUUGGACUUGAAUGAUAAGUCUCUCGCAGAGUUUCUGGCAAAAUACAACAACUUUUUCGAGGCGUACAUCGUUGCUGAUGCAUACAACAAACGCUCGGGGGAUGUUUGGGUCGAGCCACUUUUCAAUCAUGUUAUUCUACGAGGUGAUUUUAGGUAUCUCGAUGAAAUCUGUAGCGUUUUCCAAAUUUCGAACGCUAUUUUGUCUGAGUUGGUUCAAAGAUAUCGCUCAGAGUUGCAACGGAAUACAACGGCCAUCCUGAACAUGAAGAAAGUGAUGCAUUGUGAGAAAGACAUAAUAUGCAGGUAUAAAAUUGCUGUUGAACUCGGGUAUAAAGACGAGGUAGACGCCAUACGGCAGAGCGAGGCUGGGGCCUUGGUACGAGAUACUUGUGAAUUAAAUCCGGGCCCGCGUUCCUCUAAUGGAUGAGUACUUCACCAACAGAGAGACAUGAAGUACCCACGAAUGAUGAACACCAUUCACUGGCAAUAAAUAAUCACAUAAAGUUUUUAUAUUUUAUUAGAAAUAAUUUAUUAUUAAUUUGAAUAAUAAUAUUGACUGCUAAUUACGAAUUCGGGCGAAUAAAUUUGUGUGUAAAUAAAUUUGCCAAUUUAAAUAUAUUUAUAAA